UUCAUCAUACUAAGCCAUGGAAGCUGAAAAGAAAAGAGGAGAGGAUCGCGAAACCGGAAACCGAUGCGAGGGAUCCUUGCGCGGAGUGUUUCGGUUCGCGGAUCGCGUCGAUGUUCUUCUGAUGUUUUUGGGCACCAUAGGAGCUGUUGGAGAUGGGUGUUCUACCAACUGCCUCCUCCUCUUUGCUAGCAAUCUCAUGAACAGCUUAGGUUAUGGAAAAGCCCAUCAGGAUGAGCACUUAUAUUUCAUGCAUGAGAUCGAAAAGUAUUGCCUCUACUUUGUCUAUGUAGGACUAGUAGUCAUGGUGGUGGCUUUUAUGGGUAAUUUUCAUGAACGCAAUCACAUCCUACCACAGGGGUAUUGUUGGAGUAGAACAAGUGAGAGGCAGGUGUUGAGGAUAAGAUACAUGUAUCUUGAAGCAAUCCUUAAACAGGAAGUUGGGUUCUUUGAUUCACAAGAAGCAACAACUGCAGAGAUCAUAAAUAGUAUAUCAAAGGAUACUUCUCUCAUCCAAGAGGUCCUAAGUGAGAAGGUGCCAAUAUUUCUCGUGCACUCAUCAGUGUUCAUCUCCGGCCUAGCAUUCUCAACAUACUUCUCCUGGAGACUCUCCUUAGCUGCAUUUCCACUUCUGCUGCUGCUCGUAAUCCCGGGCCUGAUCUACGGCAGAUACCUCCUCUUCCUUUCUCGAAAAAUGCGCGAUGAGUACGCAGAGGCCAACGCGAUCGUCGCGCAGGCGCUCGGCGCCAUCAAGACGGUGUAUUCGUUCACUGCAGAGCGAAGGAUCGUUGGUAGCUACGCGGCCGUUUUGGAGAAGGCUAUCGGGCUCGGUGUCAGGCAAGGGACUGCGAAGGGGCUGGCCGUCGGGUUUACGGGGCUCUCGUUCGCCAUCUGGGGGUUUCUGGCCUGGUAUGGCAGCAGACUGGUCAUGUUCCACGGCGAGAGCGGCGGACGGAUCUACGCGGCGGGGAUAGCCUUCGUCUUGGGUGGAUUGUCACUGGGAAUGGCGCUUCCCGAGGUGAAACACUUUACGGAGGCGUCAGUGGCCGCGGCGCGAAUCCUCGACCGCAUCAACCGCGUCCCAAAAAUCGACUCGUCGGACCCGACCGGGCUCGUCCCGAGCCGGAUCCGCGGCGAGAUCGAGUUCGACUCGGUCCGGUUCGCCUACCCGGCCCGGCCGGGCUCGCCCGUCCUGAACCGGUUCAGCCUCCGCGUCCCGGCCGGCCGGACCGUGGCCCUGGUGGGGCCCAGCGGGAGCGGGAAGUCCACCGUGGUGGGCCUGGUCCAGCGGUUCUACGACGCGGACGAGGGCGCGGUGAGGAUCGACGGCGUGGAUUUGAGGAGGCUCGGGAUCGGAUGGAUCAGGGCGAGGAUGGGGCUCGUGAGCCAAGACCACGCGCUCUUCGGAGCAUCCGUACGCGAGAAUAUACUGCUCGGCAAGGUGGGCGCGUCCGCAGAGGAGAUGUAUGCGGCGGCCAUGGCCGCGAACGCGCACGGUUUCAUCACGCAGCUCCCCGAGGGGUACGAUACAAAGAUAGGUGAGGGAGGCGCACUCCUAUCCGGCGGUCAGAAGCAGCGAAUCGCCAUCGCGAGAGCCGUCAUCAAGAACCCGGCGAUCCUCCUCCUCGACGAGGCCACGAGUGCCCUCGAUUCGGAGUCCGAGAAGCUGGUUCAAAAUGCUUUAGAUCAAGCAUCCAUGGGCCGAACAACGCUGGUGGUAGCUCACAAGCUUUCGACUGUAAAGAACGCCGAUCAGAUCGCUGUCAUCGACAGUGGCACGAUCGUUGAGGUCGGCAUGCACGACGAACUCCUCGCCAGGAACAGCCAGUACUCGCGGUUAGCCAAGCUGCAGAAAGUGUCGAGCUCAGUCGAUCAAGAUUCCGAGCCUUUCUGGCCUUCUUCGGCGGCACGGAGCAGCGCGGGACGGCCCAGCGUAACCAAAUCGAGCCCAAUAUCCUUCCCGGGGUCGGCCCUUUCUGACGAACGAAGGCCCGACAAGCCCAUCUCUCACUCCCCGCCUUCUUUCUCUCGGCUCCUCGCAAUGAAUUCCCGGGAGUGGAAACAAGCUCUUAUCGGUGGCACCGCGGCCGUCGUGUAUGGCUCCUUACAGCCGAUCUACGCCUUCACGAUUGGUGGCAUGAUCGCCGCGUUCUUCCUCAAGGACCACGAUGAGAUGGCCGCGGUUAUCCGGCGAUACGCAUUGAUAUUCUCCUCCCUCUCUGUCAUCUCCUUCGUCGUGAACCUGCUGCAGCAUUACAAUUUCGCGUACAUGGGAGAGCACCUGACUCGAAGGAUCCGAGUCCGGGUCCUCGAAAAGAUCCUCACAUUUGAGCCGGCUUGGUUCGACGAAGAGCCCAAUUCGAGCGCCGCAUUGUGCUCCAGGCUAAGCAAUGAGGCCUCCCUUGUUAAGACUCUUGUAGCUGAUCGAAUCUCUCUUCUCGUCCAAACGGCGUCCGGAGUGGCCGUUGCGGUCACGAUGGGCUUAGCUGUGGCGUGGAAGCUCGCCCUAGUCAUGAUCGCGGUCCAACCGUCUACAGUCGUAUUCCACUACUUGAAAAAGAUUGUCCUAUCGAACGCGUCGCAUGACCUAGCCCGAGCUCAACAUAAGAGCACUCAGAUUGCGAUCGAAGCGGUUCGGAACCACCGGAUGGUCACGUCAUUUGGGUGCUCGGCGGAAGUGCUUCGGCUUUUCGAGGAAGCCCAGGAGAAGCCAUUGAAACCCGCGAGGAGGAUGGCGUGGGCAGCGGGGGUGGCCACGGGCUUCUCGCCGUGCCUGUCGUUCCUGACCUGGGCUCUGGAUUUCUGGUAUGGGGGGAAGUUGGCCCAGUCAGGUCAGAUUUCAGCAGGUGAUGUGUUCAAGACUUUCUUCAUUCUGGUGAGUACUGGAAAGUUGAUUGCCGAAGCCGGCAGCAUGACCUCGGAUCUCGCGAAGGGGACGAACGCGGUCGCCGCCAUCUUCGAGGUGCUUGAUCGGCAAACAAUGACUCCGAGAUCUUCUCAAGUUGAUCAUCUAAGUGAGAAAACUACAUUGCAGAGGAGAAUUCAAGGCAGAAUAGAGAUCAAAAAGGUCGAUUUCGCGUACCCGAGCCGGCCACAGUGUCUCGUCUUGCGCGAGUUCAACUUAGAAGUUAAGGCCGGCACGAGCGUGGGGCUAGUCGGGCGCAGCGGUUGUGGUAAGUCGACCGUCGUCGGCUUGAUCCAACGGUUCUACGACGUCGACCGCGGGGUUGUUCGCAUAGACAGCGUAGAUGUGAGGGAACUGGACAUCAUUUGGUAUCGCGGCUUCACCGCGCUUGUCAGCCAAGAACCAGUGAUCUUUUCGGGCAGCGUUCGCGACAACAUCGCCUUCGGCAAGCCCGAAGCCACCGAGAACGAGAUCGUCGAAGCCGCAAAGGCCGCCAACGCUCACGAAUUCAUAUCGUCUUUAAAAGACGGUUACGGUACCGAUUGCGGUGAGCGUGGAAUACAGCUGUCGGGGGGGCAAAAGCAAAGGAUUGCGAUCGCGAGGGCGAUCAUAAGGAAUCCGACAAUACUGCUGCUGGACGAGGCGACAAGCGCGCUCGACGUGCAGUCGGAGCGCGCCGUGCAGGAGGCCUUGGACCGGAUCAUGGUCGGGAGGACGACCGUCGUGGUGGCCCACCGCAUGAACACAAUAAAAGGUCUCGACUCGAUCGCGUUUGUCGGCGAAGGGAGGGUGGUAGAGCAGGGGACUUAUGCACAGCUCAUGAACAAGAAGGGGCCCUUCUAUAACUUAGCAACUCUACAAAAAUAGGCUCCUUUGUAUGAAGAGCGUGUGUUUGUUGUGACCCAAAAAUAUGCCAUGUAAUUAGAUGUACCACCUCAUUGGGCUGAGCAGGUAUGCAUGCAUUUUGAUUAAGAUAUCGUUUUAUUAUGAGUGCAUGUAAUGAAAACUAUAUGGAGAACCAGUUGAUGGACUCUUUUUUAUGAUCUAAUGUAGAAAAUUUAGCAGAAAUGUCCAAGAAGGAAGAGACACAUGAAUUUGAAGUA